AUGGAGAAAGGGCAUGUGAGAGAAAGCAUGAGUCCUUGUGUUAUUCCAGUGAUUCUAGUUCCCAAGAAGGAUGGGACAUGGAGAAUGUGUGUUGACUGCCGAGCCAUCAACAACAUAACGGUAAAAUAUCGACACCCCAUUCCUCGAUUAGAAGAUAUGUUGGAUGAAUUGCAUGGUUCUUGUGUGUUUUCUAAGAUUGAUCUUAAGAGUGGGUAUCAUCAAAUACGAAUGAAAGAAGGAGAUGAAUGGAAGACAUCGUUUAAAACUAAACAUGGAUUGAGGUUUGUGAAGGAUUUUAGCACCAUCGCCGCACCACUUACCAAAGUUAUCAAGAAGAACGUUGCAUUCAAAUGGGGUGAAGCACAAGAGGAGGCAUUUCAACUUAUUAAACACAAGCUUACUCACGCUCCUUUACUUGUUGUGCCUAACUUUUCUAACACGUUGAAGUCGAAUGUGAUGCUUCUGGUGUAUGCCUUAAUCUCUACUCUUGAUGCUAAAUUACUUGGUUUUGAGCACAUUAAGGAACUUUAUCAUGUUGACCACGACUUUGGGGAGAUUUAUGGUCCUUGUGAAAAAUUUGCUGAGGGAAAGUCUUAUAGGCAUGAGGUUUUCUUGUUUAGGGAGCAUCGGUUGUGUGUACCUAAUUGUUCGUUGAGAGAUUUGUUAGUUCGGGAGUCCCACAGUGGAGGGUUGAUGGGACAUUUUGGAGACACUAAGACUCCAGCUAUGUUACAGGAGCACUUCUAUUGUCCACACAUGAAAUGA